GCGGAUCAUCGAGAAGGAGCAAGCGGAGAGAGGGUUUUACAGAGUAAGAAAGCAAUGACGACUCGAAUAGCGCCCGGAGUGGGAGCCAAUUUGCUGGGCCAACACUCCGCCGAGAGGAAUCAGGACGCCACUGCUUACGUCGGCAAUCUCGACCCUCAGGUGACCGAGGAGUUACUUUGGGAGCUGUUUGUUCAAGCAGGCCCUGUUGUGAAUGUCUAUGUUCCCAAGGAUAGAGUGACAAACCUGCAUCAAGGAUAUGGAUUCGUGGAGUUCCGGAGUGAAGAAGAUGCUGACUAUGCCAUCAAAGUGCUAAACAUGAUUAAACUAUAUGGAAAGCCGAUUCGUGUAAAUAAGGCAUCCCAAGAUAAAAAAAGUCUGGAUGUUGGAGCAAACCUUUUCAUUGGGAACCUUGACCCUGAUGUGGAUGAGAAGCUUCUAUAUGAUACUUUCAGUGCAUUUGGAGUCAUUGUUACAAAUCCUAAGAUCAUGAGAGAUCCAGAAUCUGGAAAUUCACGUGGUUUUGGAUUUAUUAGCUAUGAUUCUUUCGAGGCAUCUGAUGCUGCUAUUGAGGCAAUGAAUGGACAAUAUCUUUGCAACCGUCAAAUUACAGUGUCAUAUGCGUAUAAGAAGGAUACUAAAGGGGAGCGCCAUGGUACUCCAGCAGAGAGAGUUUUGGCCGCAAGCAAUCCAGGUGUACAAAAGAGCAGGCCUCAUACUUUAUUCGCUAGUGGACCUCCAACACAUCCGAGUGUUCCUCAGGCCAAUGGAACCAUGCCUCCACGCCCAUUUGCGAAUGGUGCUGUUGCUCCAGGCCCAAUUCCUGCACUCCGCCCACCGCCACCUCAAGGCACAGCCUUCCCACCUAUGCCGGUAGGUGGACAGCCAGCUUGGCAUGGUCAGCCGCCACAACCAGGUCAAACAAUGCCACCACCUGGCAUGCCUCCACAAAUGCAGCAGUUCAGGCCACCUCCCCCAAGUAUGCCACCGCCCCCACCUCCGCAGGCAGGUCCAGGUCCCCCAAGGCAUCUACCACCACCGAUGGGAAUGGGAGGCCAACCACCACCUAUGUGGCGUCCACUGCCACCCCCACCUCUUCAACAACAUGGUGGUAGGCCCCCGAUGCCACAGACAUCAAUGCCUCCACCUCCCCCUCCAAAUCACAAUAACCCACCACCGCUCCCUCCAUCUUGAACUUGAAAUCUUGAGAAAUCAUUCUGAAAGGUUUUGUUACUCCGUAUGACGUCUUGGACGUUUCUUGUUCAGUUAAUUUUGUUCUAAAUUAGGAUAUGCAGAUUGUAAUAUUUACCGCACUGUUCAAGAAAACAACUAAACAAGCAUCUAAGCUCGACUGCAAGGAAUAUUGUCCUUGUUUUUUUCUUGGGCCAGAAAUGCCAUUAUUUCAAACUGUCCUUAAGCGGCCCAAAUUUUAGGAAA